CCGCAGGGCUGUGCCAGCAGGGCAGAAGGCUGAGGAUGGGGAUGGAGGGACUCCUGUCCCCUCAGGUGCUGUGGCUGCUCCUCUGGCUGCAGCUGUGCAGGGAGUACACAGGGUUCAGGCUGGUGAAUGGCAGCACAGCUUGUGAUGGAAGAGUGGAGGUCCAGGUGCUGGGGACCUGGGGCACCCUCUGUGCUUCCCGUUGGGACCUCUUGGAUGCCCACGUUCUCUGUCGCCACCUCAACUGUGGGUUUGCUGAGUCCAUUCCUGGAGGAGGGCACUUUGGGAGAGGCACGGGCCCCACCUGGAGAGAGUCAUUCCACUGUGAUGGGACUGAAGGCCACCUGGGAUGGUGCCCAGUGACUGCCCUGGGAGCCUCACCAUGCUCCCACGAGAAUGUCGCUGCUGUCAUUUGCUCAGGUGACUCCGCAUCCCUGCGGCUGGUGGGUGGAGAGAGCCGGUGUGACGGGCGAGUGGAGAUCUUCCAGCGCGGGACAUGGGGCAGAGUCCUGGAUGACCAGUGGGACAUGCAGGAGGCCAGCGUGGUGUGCCGGCAGCUGCGGUGUGGAGAGGCAGAGACAGCCUACAACCCCCCGAAGCCUGAGAGAGGGACAGGUCCCGUGGGGCUGCGAGGGGUGCAGUGCUCAGGGCAUGAGGCCAGCCUGACCCUCUGCAACACCUCCCUGGCCGAGAGUGCGCUGGCAGCAGGGAUUGCAGAGGAUGUGGGGGUCGUUUGCUGGGGGAGCCGGCAGGUCCGGCUGGUAAACGGGUCCGGGCGCUGUGCUGGGAGAGUGGAGAUCUACUACCAGGGCAGCUGGGGGACCAUCUGUGAUGAUGGCUGGGACCUGCCCGAUGCCACUGUCGUUUGCCACCAGCUGGGCUGCGGAGGGGCGGUGGAGGCGGUUGGCUCUGCUCGGUUUGGGGAAGGCUCUGGGCAGAUCUGGCUGGAGAGUGUGAACUGCUCCGGGGCUGAAGCUGCUCUCUGGGACUGCCCGGCAGGGUCCUGGGGGAAGCACGACUGCGGGCACAAAGAGGACGCAGGAGUCGUCUGCUCAGAUUUCGUGGCCCUGAGGCUGGAGAACAGCACCAACUGCUCCGGGCGCCUGCAGGUUUUCUAUAACGGGACAUGAGGGAGCGUUUGCUCCAACUCAAUGACUCCCAAAACGGUGUCGCUGGCCUGCAAGGAGCUGGGCUGUGGGGAUGCAAAAUCCUUGGAACGAUACCCGACCUCUGGCAGGCUGACUGGCCCCGCCUGGCUGGAUCGCGUGGAGUGUGGGGAGAGAAACAGCUCCUUCUGGCAGUGUCCCUCUGCUCCCUGGGACCCACAGUCCUGCGAUGACCUGCGAGAUGAGACCCACAUCAGCUGCAACGGGAGACAGCCAGAAACACCCCCGGCCCUGGGGGCCACAUGCCCAAACUCCACGAGCUGCACAGACAGGGAGAAGAUUCGUGCCGUGGGAGGCGAGAAGGGGUGCUCGGGCAGAGUGGAGGUGUGGCACCGUGGCUCCUGGGGGACGGUGUGCGACGACUCGUGGGACAUGCAGGAUGCUGAGGUGGCAUGCAGGCAGCUGGGCUGUGGUCCCGCAGUGUCUGCCCCGGGCGAGGCUGCCUUUGGGGAGGGGACGGGCCCCAUCUGGCUGGAGAAGGUGGAGUGCCGGGGGACAGAGCCGUCUCUGCAGGACUGCUGGGCCCAGCCUGGGGACAGCGGUGCCUGCCGGCAUAAGGAGGACGCUGCCGUGAACUGCUCGGAUCCCACCCAGGGCCGUCCGACGGGCAGCAGGAGAGUCUCAUUGCCUGUCAUCAUCUGCAUCAUCCUGGGAGCCCUUCUCUGCCUGCUCCUGGCCCUCCUGGCCGGGCAAGUGUGGAGUGCUAGGGCUGGGCGCAGAGUGGAGGUCCAUACUUCCCAGCAGCUCCAUCAAACAGAUGGCAAGCGUCUCCUGAAGAGCCUGUAUCCAUCCUGCACAUCCCCCGAGCUGUGCAAGCUGUCCCAUCACACCUCGGCAGUUAUUCCAUCCCAUGUGGCACGUCUGUGA